GAAAUUGUGACAUGUCCAUUCUUAGUAUUUACUGAAUUCGGGCGGGUCAUAUACGUCAUACAAAUCAUUUCCUUGCCCUAGGUCGUCCGUUAACGAAGCCCGGCAACCCUGAGACGCUCAGGCUGGUUCUUAAAGACUUUUGAAGCUCGCGGAGUUCACAUUUCGAGCGAGAAUGGGAGUUCCUGCUUUUUAUAGGUGGUUGGCGGAGAAAUAUCCGAUGGUUGUGGUGGACGUGAUCGAGGAAGAGCCGGUUGAAAUUGAGGGAAUUAAGAUUCCUAUCGAUACCAGCAAGCCUAAUCCUAACAACCUCGAGUAUGAUAAUUUGUAUCUGGACAUGAAUGGGAUUAUUCAUCCCUGUUUUCACCCUGAGGACCGGCCUGCUCCCGUCACUUUUGAUGAGGUUUUUGAGUGCAUAUUUGAUUACAUUGAUAGAAUUUUUGCCAUGGUGCGUCCGAGAAAGCUCCUAUACAUGGCUAUUGAUGGAGUAGCACCAAGAGCAAAAAUGAACCAACAAAGAUCAAGGCGUUUUAGAGCUGCGAAAGAUGCAGCUGACGCUGCAGCUGAAGAAGAUAGGUUAAGGGAGGAGUUUGAGAAGGAAGGUAGGACGCUUCCUUCGAAGCUGAAAUCAGAACUCAUAGAUUCAAAUGUUAUCACCCCUGGAACUGGAUUUAUGGCUGUUUUAUCAGUAGCCCUGCAGUACUAUGUUCAUCUUAGGCUGAAUAAUGACCCUGGAUGGAAGUCCACUAAGGUUAUACUUUCUGAUGCAAAUGUUCCUGGUGAAGGAGAACAUAAGAUCAUGUCUUAUAUUCGUUUGCAGAGAAACCUUCCUGGCUUUGAUCCAAAUACACGACACUGUUUGUAUGGUCUGGAUGCAGAUCUAAUAAUGUUAGCAUUGGCUACUCAUGAAGUUCAUUUUUCAGUUCUAAGAGAGGUUGUAUUUAUUCCUGGACAACAAGACAAAUGUUUCCUUUGUGGUCAAAUGGGUCAUAUGGCUGCUAAUUGUGAGGGUAAGGCAAAGAGAAAGGCUGGUGAAUUUGACGAGAAGGAAAGUGCGGAAAUUAUACCAAAGAAACCUUUCCAGUUUGUCCACAUCUGGACCCUUAGAGAAUAUUUGGAAUAUGAGAUGAGAAUUCCCAAUCCUCCUUUUGAUAUUGAUCUAGAGCGCAUUAUUGAUGACUUCAUCUUCAUGUGUUUCUUUGUUGGGAAUGACUUUUUGCCCCAUAUGCCAACAUUGGAGAUUCGGGAGGGUGCAAUCAACUUGCUUCUUUCUGUAUAUAAGAAAGAAUUUAGGUCAUUGAAUGGAUAUCUCACUGAUGGAAGCAAGCCCAAUUUAAGCAGAGUAGAGCAUUUCAUUCAGGCAGUGGGUUCAUUUGAGGACAAGAUUUUUCAGAAAAGAGCUCGAUUGCAUCUGAGGCAAGCUGAUAGGAUCAAACGUGACAAAGCAAGUGCCAAAGCACGUGCAAACAGAGGGGAUGAUGCAGAACCUCAGUUUCAACCUGAGGAUCUUGUUCCUGUUGCUAGGUUUCAUGGUUCUCGUCUUGCUUCAGGGCAUGCCGCGUCACCAUAUGAACAGAGUUCUGCGUCUGUUAGAACUGAAAGCAGCACUGGGAAAAUCACUGAUGGUGCAUCAGAACAUGAGAUAAAAAAACAACACUUAGAGUCUCAUGCCAGGCCUCAAAAAGCUUCUCGUUUGUCUUCUGGAGCUACAAUAGGCGCUGCUAUUGUGGAAGUAGAGAACAGUCUUGAAACAGAUAUUCAUGAAAACAAAGAAGAAUUCAAGACAAAGCUGAAGGAGAUAAUUCGUGAAAAGUCAGACUUAUUUAACUCUGAGAAUCCAGAAGAAGACAAGAUAAAAUUAGGAGAUCCAGGGUGGAAAGAGAGAUACUACGAGGACAAAUUUUCAGCACAUACUUUGGAUGAACUAGAAGAUAUUCGCAGGGAUGUUGUUUUGAAGUACACUGAAGGCCUGUGUUGGGUUAUGCACUAUUACUAUGAAGGGGUUUGUUCUUGGCAAUGGUUUUACCCUUAUCAUUAUGCACCAUUUGCAUCUGAUCUUAAGGGUCUUGGAGAGUUGAAUAUAUGUUUUGAACUAGGAACUCCCUUUAAACCAUUCAAUCAGCUUUUGGGUGUCUUCCCAGCUGCAAGUUCUCAUGCACUUCCUGAGCAAUAUAGGGAACUGAUGACUAGUCCAAACUCACCUAUUAUUGAUUUUUAUCCUAUUGAUUUUGAUGUUGACAUGAAUGGCAAGCGGUUUGCUUGGCAGGGUAUUGCCAAAUUACCUUUUAUUGAUGAAGUUCGCCUUCUCACUGAAGUUGCCAAAGUGGAACAUACUUUGACGGAGGAGGAGAGCCGAAGAAACAGUGUCAUGUUCGACAUGCUCUUUGUAGCAUUAUCUCACCCUCUUUCACCUUAUAUAUUUUCUCUUGAUGCUCGUUGCAAACAACUGACACAGAAAGAAAGAAUGGAAAUACAAGAGCAGAUUGAUCCAAGGGCCAGUGAUGGGAUGAAUGGUUAUAUCUCCCUCUGUGCUGGAGAGCCCUGCCCACCUAUUUUCAGGUCACCUGUUGAAGGGAUGGAAGAUAUUAUGGACAACCAAGUGAUAUGUGCAAUAUACAAACUUCCAGAAUUACAUGUACAUAUUGCUCGACCACCACCAGGUGUUAUAUUCCCGAAAAAGACGGUUUCAUUUGAAGAUCUGAAACCUCCGCCUGCUUUAUGGCAUGAAGAUUCCGGAAGGAGGCCAUGGGAAAAUGGCAGGAAAGAUGGUCCCGGCUCUUUUUCUGGACGUCAACUAGGUGAUGCUGCACAUCGACUCGUAAAAAACAACUUACAAACGAGGCAAGGUAAUAGAGACGGGUAUAAUAGCCAACAACCCUACGGUUAUGCCCAACCCCACUCAAACUACGACGAUAAUAGGCGCAUGUAUCAUCAGGAGCCUCAUAAUAAUAGGCAUGAUCAUCGUCAUCAUUAUCAAAACAACAACAAUAAUUAUAAUUACAAUCAAUCUUACGAGCCUCAAGAUCCAUACUAUGCCCCCCAUCCUCCUCCCCCCCGACGUGAAUCGUAUGAUCCAAGCAGAAGAGAAUAUCCUGUACAAGGUUACGGAGAUGGGAACUAUCACAAUAACCGCCCUAUGUACGAAGCUCAUCCUCGUCAAACUGACCCAAAUGCUUAUCAACAAUAUGGGGGAUAUAAUAAUAAUAGUAACCACCCUCCUGGUACUUACCAGCCGUAUGGAGGACCUCAACAACAACAAAGGGAUGCUGGUUAUGGAUCGGGGAGAGGAUAUGGUCGGCCACAAAACAACAACAGCAACCAGUUCUCGGCAUUUGAUAGAAGGCCUCCGUCUUCGUCCUCAUCAAGGUAUGGUCGCUAGAGGUGCGUUUGUUUGUAUGCUUGACUCAAAUUUCAUUCUGAGAUGAUGUAUACUAGUUUGAUUCUUUUUACCUUAGUUUUGUUAUUAUUUUUUACUGUUGUCAGUAUUAUUGAAUUUCAAGUAUAACUGGUUAAUAAGAGACUGGUAGUAAUAGUAGUAGUAGUACCAGCAGCAAAGCAAUUUGGGAUUUUUAGUUAUUUUUUAAUGUUGUACCAAAAAUUCAGUUUUAAAUUUGAUUGCUGGGAAAGUGACAAAUGUUCUUUGCAGAUUAUUUAUUUAGUAUAAUUGCUUGAUUUGUUAA